AUGUCACGACCUGCAGGCCGCACCGACUGGGCGGAAGAAGACGACGAGGAGUCUCUCACCUCCCUCCCCCCCAACCAAGUCAUCAAGAACAAGGAUGGAACCGAGACAGUCAUUUCCUACAAGAUUGGCGAAGACGGCCGGAAGUACAAGACCACGCGGCGCAUUAAGAAGACGGUCGUAAAGCAAAUCGUAAACCCGCGCGUCGCCGAGCGGAAGCAAUGGGCCAAGUUUGGACAGGAGAAGGGCAAGCCCGCCGGCCCGCAAACAGAUACCGUUUCCGUGGCCGAGAACAUCGUUUUCCGACCGGUAUCCAACUGGAAAGCUAGUACCGAGGACAAGGGCGACGAGGCGAAGAAGAAGGCUGAGCUUAAGAACGCAAAGAUCAAGUGUCGUAUUUGCCAGGGCGACCAUUUCACCACAAAGUGUCCCUUCAAGGACACCAUGGCUCCCGAAGGCGAUGUCGCGCCCGCCGACAUGCCCGACGACGCUCCCGGAGUUGGUGCAGGAGGAAGUUUUGGUACCGGCUCUGGAGGCUACGUUCCCCCACACUUGCGUGGACGUGGAGGUGCAGGCGAGAAGAUGGGCGGCAAAUUCGACCGCGACGACAGCGCCACUCUGCGUGUCACCAACGUUUCCGAGUUUGCUGAGGAGCAAGACCUACGGGACAUGUUCUCGAGAUACGGCCAUGUCACUAGGGUUUUCUUGGCCAAGGACCGGGAAACCGGUCGAGCAAAGGGCUUUGCUUUUGUCAGUUACGCGGACCGGUCGGAUGCUGCCAAGGCAUGCGAGAAGAUGGACGGAUUCGGUUUCGGUCAUCUUAUUCUUCGUGUGGAGUUUGCUAAGAAGGCUUAA